AUCGCAUUAUCUCAUUGAUACUAAUAUAUGAGAUCAAGGGGUAAAAGAACGCUAGGAACGGGCCGUUCUAUAUCGGAGUUGUACCCACUAACGAGCUGAUCAUCCGCUCUAUAGCUUUUUACUACCCAUUAGCCACUCUUGUGCCUCUUUUGUCCUCGAUGUUCUACUUAGGCCUCACUCUGGCUAUCAUUGGUUGUACUAAUUUUAGCCACAUGAAGCCGCCUGGCGCCUUAUUGCCUUCCCCCGCUUCUCGUAGUUUCUUCACACUUCUUUUUCUCGUUAAUUAUCAUCUCGUUCUCUACCUGCUUGACGCGCCGCUUUGACUGAUUGCGGAGUCUGUAAAACCGAGUAAGAUACGAAAGGUUCAUGAUUCAGACAUUACACGGUGCCAGCCACGAAACGCCGGAAGAUGGACCACCAUCCAUCCCGCGAGGAGGUGGCAACGCCGAAGGCUGUCAAUACAUUUCAGAAUUCAUCCAACACCCAAACGCCUGUAACUGCUACCUCUAGACUGCGAAGCGACUCUUCUCAGACGGCUACUAGGCAGAAGAACCUUGUUUUUCGCGUUACUGGUCUCCUAGCCUCGCAGACGAACGAUGCGCUGGUGGAUUUUAUCCGCAAAAAUCUGUUGAAGGGUGAAGAACAGUCACAGUUGAAAGUCACCGCAAGCAUCGUACCGUCUUGCUCCAACAAUGAGCAGGAGAGGGUUGCGUUAGUAGAGUUUGGCGGCAGAGUUCCCGAUUUCUUGUCCGCGCUAGUCGCAAACCCUCUGGAAGACUGGCAGGUUGAGAUGGGUAAUGUGGAUAUUAAUUUUGACCAACAUUUUUUUGGGUUUACACAGCUUUACACCCCUAAAGCAGAUAGGCCAGUUACCGCAGAUGUAAUCGCUAUCACAGGUCUCGAUGGACAUGCGUAUGGCUCAUGGAGGGGUAAGGGAAACCUUGGGCGGAUGUGGUUGCGCCAUUUCCUGUCUAAAGAUCUGCCCUACUGUCGCACGAUGACCUAUGGCUACAACUCGAAGCUCUCAACCCGUGGGGUCGACACCAUUAUGGACUAUAGCCGCGGGCUAAUGGAGGCACUCAAGAAAAUCCGGAACACAGAGGAGCUAAGACAGCGACCACUCUUCUUCAUCGCGCACAGCUUUGGCGGUAUUAUACUGGCUCACUGCCUUGUAAAGGCGGUCCAAACGAACGAAGACGAUCAUCCAACGAUUGCAACGCUCCACAAGGCUACAUACGGGAUGCUUCUCUUUGGGACUCCACAUAAAGGGCUAGUGGUAAAUGAUAUCGAAAAGAUGCUGGCUAGUCGAGAUAACCACCCGCGGAGCGCGCUGCUUCAGCAGAUCAGAGUCAAGUCCGACUUGCUAGAAAAUCAGCUGGCCGAUUUCAAGAAUCUGGUCCGAGACCGGAAGAUUGUAAGCUUCUACGAAACAGGGCAGACUAGGCAGCUUCAAUUUGACAGUGACAGCCAACGCUGGGAAAGAACUGGCGACUUCAUUACCAAGGUGGACAACGACUCGGCUCUUCUUCAACUCCCCGACUUUAUGGAGGACAAGAUCCCCCUAGACUCGGAUCAUUCAAUGAUGGUGAAGUUUGAUAAUAGAAAUAAUAUAGGGUACACCAGUGCGCUGCAUAAGCUUCAAGAGUUUGAGCAGGAGGCCUCUAAGGUGGUGAAGACUCGGUUUUCGCCAGUCCAAAGGACUUCAACCGUGAAGUAUUUUGUGCCCUACACAAGUAAUCCAGACUUUGUGGGACGAUCAGAAAUCCUUGAAAUAUUAAAGGACCAGCUGGGGCAUACACGACAGGCGAGUAGCACAUCUCAAGCAAGAGCAUCAUUAUAUGGCUUAGGCGGGACUGGUAAAACGCAAAUCGCAUUGGAAUAUGUAUUCCAGCUACAAAAGACACACCCUACAGUUUCCGUUUUCUGGAUUCAUGCUAGCAGUGCCGCCCGAUUUCGCCAAGCGUUCGCAUCUAUCGCACGAGAGUACGACAUCCCUGGCUACGCAGAACCUAAGGCUGAUAUGCCACUAUUAGUGAAAGGUUGGCUGGAGGAGAAGGACCACGGAGAGUGGCUCAUGGUCAUUGACAACGCAGAUGACAUGCAACUUUUCUCUGGCCAGCCUGCAGAUACUGCUACAAGCCCCAGCAAGGCGACAGAUGAGAAGAAUCUGGCUCGAUACUUGCCCGAAUGUGCCCACGGUACAAUUCUCAUCACGACAAGGAACAAGCAGGUGGGAGUUAGGAUGACCAAAGGACAGCAGCCGAUAGAAGUGCUUCGAAUGAAUGAGGCGGAGUCAGCACAACUCCUCCGUGCGAAGCUCAAAGACAUCAGCACAACCAUUACUGAAUUGUCAACGCUUUCUUCUCAAUUAGAACACCUGCCGCUAGCGUUGGCUCAGGCUGCCGCGUUCAUACAAGAAACGAGCAUAACAGUGCACAAGUACCUUCAACUACUAAGAAAUAGCGACAAGGACAUCGUGCACCUGCUGAGCAAGGAAUUCGAAACGGUGGGGCGAGACACAGAAGCUCCCCAGGCAGUAGCGCAAACAUGGAUGCUUUCGUUCCAGCAGAUCGAGCAGCAGCACGUCUUAGCCAGCGAACUCCUCUCCUUCAUGAGUAUGCUCGAUCGACAAGAUAUCCCGGCUCAAUUUAUAUCGUAUUAUGCCGAGCAAGCAGGGAACGGGGUCCCGCGAGGCGAAAUAGAGCUUAUAGAAGCGCUGGGUAUCCUCAAGGCCUUCUCGUUCGUGACGGAGGAGACUAGUGGCAGCUUCGAUAUGCAUCGGCUUGUACAGUUGGUAACGCGUAAGUGGCUUACGAGCCGGGGCACGAUUGGUCGAUUCGGCACGGAAGCACUGAAGACGGUGUCAGAAAUGUAUCCGUUUGGCAAAUACGAAACCCGAACAAAAUGCGCCGCAUAUCUAUCACAUGCAAACGCUGUGUUACAAUUAGAUGGGCCGAAAUCAAGAGAUGAGAACGAAGCAAAGGCAUCUCUUCUCCACUGGAAAUGGAGUCAUGCAGAGAUGUUUAAUAUAGAGGCAAGAGAGAUACGAAGAGGGUUAUUAGGACAUGAUCACCUGGAUACGCUGAGCAGCAUGGCCAACCUUGCAUCAACAUUUUGGAGCCAGGGCCGAUGGAAGGAUGCCGAGGAUCUAUUUGUGCAAGUGAUAGAGACUCGCAAGAUGAGGCUGGGUGCAGAUCAUCCUUCUACACUAAACAGCAUGGCCAACCUUGCAUCAACAUACAGGAGCCAGGGCCGAUGGAAGGAGGCCGAGGAUCUAGAAGUGCAAGUGAUGGAGAUAAGCAAGACGAAGCUGGGUGCAGAUCAUCCAGAUACACUAACCAGCAUGGCCAACCUUGCAUCAACAUACCAGAACCAGGGCCGGUGGAAGGAGGCCGAGGGUCUAGAAGUGCAAGUGAUGGAGAUUCGCAAGACGAAGCUGGGUGCAGAUCAUCCAGACACACUAACCAGCAUGGCCAACCUUGCAUCAACAUUUUGGAACCAGGGCCGGUGGAAGGAGGCCGAGGGUCUAGAAGUGCAAGUGAUGGAGACUCGCAAGACGAAGCUGGGUGCAGAUCAUCCAGACACGCUGACCAGCAUGAACAAUCUAGCCUUCACUUGGAAAAGCCAAGAUCGACAUAAGGAUGCCCUAGCUUUGAUGAAGACCUGUGCUCAAACUCAACAUCAAGUCCUAGGUCCGAGGCAUCCUUAUACGAUCUCGUCUCAGUCAAUGGUAGAGAAGUGGAGAAUUUAG